AUGCCGCGUUCUGGAGGUCUAGUGACUGCCACCGGAUCCGAAGACAGAGCUGCAUCCGCUGACAGGAAGAGGAAACUUCCCGCUGCCCGGCAGCCAGCUUCCACAGAUAGCGUGAGCGGUGCCAAACAACAGACCAUUUCAGAGCUAUUUUCAGCAUCUCAGCAGAAGCAGGUUGACAGGGACACCAAGGGCCCCGCCUCAUCGCCCACCAGCAAACGCAUCCGCCUCGAUCCCACAGCUACAGCCGCACCAUUUGCCACAACCCCCUCCGAGACCGCACCGCUGCCGCGCGAGAACAUGUACAGCUUCCCCGCCAACAACAGGAACAACCCUGUAGACCUGACUGGUUCAGCGACGAGCCCGCCUGCGAGGCGGCCGAACGGCUUCAGGGCGAAGCCGAACUUUAAUCCGCAUGCUGGGGCUAAGAAGCUGGUGGUGAAGAAUCUGCGCACGACGCCACGAACAGACCCGCGGGAAUACCUGAACCAGACGUGGGAGCGGUUAGACAAGGCUUUGACGGCUAUCUUCAAUAAUGAGGAGAUCUCGUUCUCGUUGGAAGAGCUGUACAAGGGCGUGGAGAACUGUUGCCGGCAGGGGCACGCUGCUGAGCUCUCCAUACUUCUCAAGGACAAAUGUUCUAGUUAUGUCAGGUCUGGACUGAAAGAGCCGCUGUUGGAGAGGACUGGUGCUACGAAUGUGGAUCUGCUGAGGGCGGUCCUUGCCGCGUGGGCUACGUGGAACAGACAGCUGAAAACUAUCCACUGGAUAUUCUGCUAUCUGGACCGCUCGUACCUCCUGCAGAAGGGGCGAUCUUUGCAAGAGAUAGCGGUGGACCUCUUCCGGACUAACAUCCUCAAUGACCCCAAGCUGGGUUCUAGGACAAUUGAAGGUGCUUGUGAUCUCAUACAUUGUGAUCGAAUGGACGACCUCCAAGAUCAAUCUACCUUCAGGGAUACUAUCAAGCUGUUCCAUGACCUGUCAAUCUAUACUAGCGUCUUCGAGCCGCAUAUGCUUCAUGAAUCGCAGACCUUUAUCAUCAACUGGUCCAGGGAAGCGAGUGCUGAGAAGAGCUUGGCCGACUAUGUCCACAGCUCUGUGCAACUGAUGAACCGCGAACUCUCGCGGUGCGAGCACUAUGGCCUCGACUCCACCACCCGCCGUGACCUGCUGACGCUCUUGGAAACAUACCUCAUACAGCAGCAGGCUGACCGACUUGUCAACCAAGACGACAUAGCCGACUUCCUUGAGGAUAAUGCUGUAAACGACCUAGAACAGCUCUACACGCUCCUCGAGCGCCGCCAACUCGUCCUUCGGCUACGCGAGCCCUUCGUAAAAUGGAUCGACGACACCGGCACCGCCAUCGUCUUCGAUGACAAAGAGCAGGAUCAAAUGGUCAUCAAGCUCCUUGCGCUAAAGCGCCAGCUCGACACGAUAUGGCGCAUCUCCUUCCACCGAAACACGGAGCUUGGCCACGCAUUGCGCGAAACCUUCGAGACCUUCAUCAACAAGACCAAGAAGGGCGCCGCGACGUGGAACACCGACAACUCGAAGCCUGGCGAAAUGAUCGCGAAGUAUGUGGACAUGCUCCUUCGGGGUGGCGCCAAGGCGAUUCCCGCACAACUGUCCAAGUCUGCGAUCAAGACGGUGGCGGCGGACGACGACGACGAUGAUGUGGCUUUUGACGAAGACAGCGAGAUCAACGCGCAGCUGGAUCAGGUCCUCGAUCUCUUCCGCUUCGUGCAUGGAAAGGCGGUGUUCGAAGCCUUCUACAAGAAAGAUCUAGCCCGCCGGCUACUCAUGGGCCGAAGCGCGAGUGCCGAUGCAGAGCGGAGCAUGCUCGCGCGCCUGAAGACCGAAUGCGGCGCUGGCUUCACUCAGAACCUCGAGCAGAUGUUCAAAGACAUCGAGCUAGCGCGCGAAGAAGUCUCGUCCUACAAGAUGCUGAUGGCCGAUCGGGGCGAAACCUCUACGCUCGACCUCUCCGUCAACAUCCUGUCAGCCGCCGCGUGGCCCACCUAUCCGGACGUGCCUGUGCAGAUACCGCAAGAGAUCAAGAGCGCUAUUGACAGGUUCGACCAGCACUACAAGAGCAAGCACCGCGGCAGGAAGCUGGACUGGAAGCACGCGCUCGCGCACUGCCAGCUCAAGGCCAACUUCCCCAAGGGCAACAAGGAGAUUGUCGUCUCGUCGUUCCAGGCCAUCGUCCUACUACUUUUCAACAACGUGCCCGCGGGCGAGCAUCUCAGUUACGAGACCAUCAAGGCGGAGACAGGAUUGCCCGACCGCGAAAUCAUCCGCACCCUCCAAUCCCUCGCCUGCGCAAAGCUGCGUCCCCUAACCAAACACCCCAAGGGCAAAGACAUCGCCCCGACCGACGCAUUCACCUUCAACACGGCCUUCACGCACGAGAAAUACCGCGUCAAGAUCAACCAAGUGCAGCUCAAAGAGACGAAAGAAGAGAACAAAGAGACCCACGAGCGCGUGGCCGCGGACCGCAACUUCGAGACGCAGGCGGCGAUCGUGCGCAUCAUGAAGAGCCGGAAGCUGAUUAGCCAUGCGGAGCUGGUCGCUGAGGUUAUUGGGGCCACGAGGAGUCGGGGCGUGUUGGGAGUGCCGGAUAUUAAACGGAAUAUUGACAGGUUGGUGGAUAAGGAUUAUAUGGAGAGGGAAGAGGGGAAUAUGUAUAGUUAUGUUGCGUAG